AUGGCCAAGCUCUACAAAGAGACGGAUGCGCAGGUACAAGCAAUGGAGGCAGAAGUGGGUUCCGCCCAGGCUAGUGCAAAGUCCACCGAGACGGCCCGGAGAGGGGCCAGCGAAGCGCUGGAGAGUACCGAGGUUCAGACCAGUCACCUCGAGAGGAGGGUUGCGGAGUUGCAGGAGCAGCUUCAGCAGGUCAAGAAGGGUGGCAGUGAGCUGGAGGUGCUGGCCGCUCAGAACGAGACGCAGCUGAAGGGCCUCAAGCGUCUCGAAGAUGAGAAGGGCCAGCUCAACAAGCAGUUGGAGGCCGUGGCUGCUGACAUGAAAGCUGCUGAGGCUCGAUGUCAACAAGCCGAAGCGAAGGUGAAAGCAGCUGGCUCGGCCUCGAAGCGCCAGAGCGACUUCCUCCGCAAGCUUCGGGAUCAACUGAGCGGUCUGAAG